CUUUCUGACUUCUAACUGGAGGCACUACCUCCAGAGUAAAUGAACAUUUGCUGAGAAAGUGAAGGACAAAAAGGCUUCCAGAGGCACAAGAAUGUGGCACAAAAUUCAGAUAUUGCUCUUAUACUGCAUUGCCAGUGAAGUUUCAAUGACAAAACGUCUUGAUUCCAGAAGAAAUUUCCCCCAGGCACUUCACUCUGUAAAUGCCAGUGAUCCUGCUAAGUGGAACAGGAUUAAAAGGAGUCCAUAUCAGGGAAGUUCCUGCAGGAUACGCGGCUGUUGCCCAGGAAGAGAUGACGACUGCCGCUUUACCAUUGUCUCCAGAGGAGCUGUGUGUUACUGUGACCAGCACUGCACCUCGGGCUCCCCUGGUCCUGUGGACUGCUGUACGGACUACUGGGAUGUCUGCAACCACCCCGCCGAGCCCAGCAGGUCAGAGGAGCCUUGGCCGCCUCUAGCAGCGGGUUGUUAUAAAGAUGGCCGAUAUUACGGAGAAGGAACAAUAAUUAAAGACAACUGCAAUUCCUGCAAAUGUUUCAACAGUCUCUGGAAAUGUUCAACAGACGUGUGCCUUGUUCGCCAAGACUUAAUUCAGCACAUCAAUUCUGGAGAUUUUGGAUGGAAAGCUGAAAACUACAGUCAGUUCUGGGGAAUGACAGUGGAAGAAGGUUUCAAAAAGCGCCUGGGCACCUUCCCUCCAUCUCAUUCUUUGCUGAAUAUGAGAGAGGCUCCUGGAAAAUCACUCCCAGAAGAAAAAUUUCCUGCAAUCUUUUCAGCCACUUAUGAGUGGCCUGAGUGGAUUCAUGAUCCUUUGGAUCAGAGAAACUGUGGAGCAUCCUGGGCUUUUUCAACUGCAAGUGUUGCAGCAGAUAGAAUAGCAAUUCAUUCAAAGGGUCAGAUCACAGACAACCUUUCUGCUCAGAACUUGAUCUCUUGUGAUACCAGGAAUCAACAUGGAUGUAAUGGUGGAAGCAUUGAUGGUGCCUGGAGAUACCUGAAAACACAUGGGGUUGUAUCAUAUGCUUGUUAUCCAUCAUUUUGGAACAAACACCUGGGGCCAUCAGCUGAAAACCAGUGUUAUGUGUCAAGUGAAUAUGGAAAAAACCAUACAGAUGGGCCAUGUCCCAAUGCUUUUGAAAAAUCCAAUCGGUUAUACCGGUGUGCCUCUCACUACAGGGUGUCCUCAAAAGAAACUGAUAUAAUGGAAGAAAUCAAGGACAGAGGACCAGUGCAAGCUAUAAUGAAAGUGUAUGAAGAUUUUUUUCUUUACAAAGAGGGAAUAUAUCGACACUCCCAGAAAGCAGGAUCUAAAUGGAAAACUCAUUCAGUCAAACUCCUUGGGUGGGGAGCAUUACCUGACAAAAAUGGACAGAAACAGAAGUUUUGGAUUGCUGCAAAUUCCUGGGGAAAAUCCUGGGGAGAAAAUGGUUAUUUUAGGAUUCUUCGUGGACAAAAUGAGUGUGAUAUUGAGAAGCUGAUUUUAGCUACUUCGGGACAACCAUAGUUUGUCUAUACCAUACUCUGCUUGGUGUAUCUAUUUUUUCCAUUGUUGUUUAUUGAGUCUUUAUGGGUUAAAAAUGGCAUCUUCUCUCUAAGUUACCUUCCUGACUUGAACACACUGCAGACACCGUAGCACUCUUGGAUCUUUCCUGGUACAAAAACCCUUUAGACUAAAAGCAUGUUGGAUCCAGGACUACUGAAAACCUUGAUGUCUCACAGAGCAGGGAGUUCCCUCCUCAUUGAAAAAUGCCAGAUAAAAAUGGAAUUACAGUGUUAGCAUUAAUCUCUUUGCAGUAUAUACUCUGAUCAGAAAUUAUUUCAGAAAUAUUAUGUGCUCUUCCAAACAAAAUUGGCUCAGACAGCUCAUAGUCCUACUGGAUAAUAAAAUCCAAAGAAAUGCAAGUAGCUGUGGUCCUAUAGUUGAAGGAAUAUUUCCUAUACACCUUUACUUAAAACUAAGUAGAUAAAUUUUAUCUAUGUAUCAAUAUCUCAUCCAGGAAAUUAAUUUUUUUCUAGUAGAUACCACAAAGUUGAUGCAUUCAGUGUAAUACAAAAAUAGCUUGCAAUGACAGAGUGUGUUCCUGUUCCUACAACCACAACUGAAAUGGUAUAAUUUUAAUAAUGUUUUAAUUAAAAUAAAAUAAGAAAAUGUAA